GUCAGGAGUACAAUUUUAAUAAGCUGACGAACGAAGAAGUUAAUUCUCUCGGACAAACUUACGAUUAUGACUCCAUUAUGCACUACGCAAGAACAUUUAGUAAAGGAACUUAUUUGGAUACGAUAUUACCUCUGGAGGUGCACGGUAAGAAGAGGCCAGAAAUCGGGCAAAGAGUGAAGCUCAGUGCCAGUGAUAUUGCCCAGACGAAUCUACUCUACAAAUGCGCAAAAUGCGGGAAGACUCUUUUAGGUAACUCUGGCUGGUUCAAUUCUGGCUGGGGCUCUGAGGCAUCUCCUUCGACACCGGAACGCUGCGAAUGGAGAAUUGUCGCAACCCACGGAGAAAGAGUCGUGCUAAACAUUACCGAAAUAGACAUCCACAAAUCCGAAGAGUGCCGUUCUGAGUGGGUGGAAGUAAGGGACGGUUACAUGCCCGACGCCCCGGUCCUUGGUCGCAUUUGUGGCUCUGGGAAGGGUCCCAUGAUGCGCUCCAGUGGUUCACGCCUCACUGUUGUCUACCAGCCUGGGCUGAAAGUCAAGCCACAUAGAGGGUUUAGGGCACAUUAUGAAGCGGUAUGCGGUGGAGAUAUUGAGGUGGACAGCAGCGGACAUUUGGAAUCGCCGAAUUACCCAGACGAUUACCAACCGAAUAAACUUUGCAUUUGGAGACUCUCAGUACCGCAAGACUACCAAGUGGCUUUAAGAUUCCAUUCGUUCGAAGUGGAGAAUCAUGAUACAUGUUCGUACGAUAAAGUGAAAGUAAGAGAUGGUGACUCAAUGGAUAGUCCACUUAUAGGAAUGUUCUGUGGACACAAGAUACCACCCGAUAUCAGAUCAACCUCAAACAAAUUACUAGUGAUCUUCGAAUCAGACAGUACGGUACAGAAAGCAGGUUUUUCCGCAACCUUCAUGAAAGAAUUUGAUGAAUGCGCAUCAAUAGAACACGGUUGCAGUCACUCCUGCGUUAACACAUUGGGUGGAUAUGAAUGCGCUUGCGAUAUUGGAUACGAGUUGCAUUCUGAUGGCAAGAAAUGUGAAAAUGCAUGCGGAGGAGCUCUGUACGGUCCAAAUGGCACGAUAACAUCACCAUCGUUCCCGGACCUAUAUCCGCCGUCUAAGAAUUGCCUUUGGGAGAUCGUGGCUCCACCACAGCACAGAAUCACAUUGAACUUCACCCAUUUCGACUUAGAAGGCAACAGCAUGUAUCAACAGGAAUGCGAGUAUGACAGUGUAACGGUUCAUUCCAAGUUAGGAGCAGACGUGUUAAGAAGACACGGAGCUUUCUGUGGCAACGCAUUACCGCCACCUGUUACAUCGGACGGCUCAGUUUUAAGAGUUCAGUUCACAUCUGACGCGUCAGUUCACCGAUCGGGCUUCGCAGCAGUGUACUAUAUCGAUGUAGACGAAUGUGCGGACAACAAUGGCGGAUGCCAGCACGAAUGCCACAACACCCUGGGAGGAUACGAGUGCGCCUGCCACAGUGGGUUCACCCUACACCCGAAUAAACACGACUGCAAGGAAGGCGGUUGUAAGCAUGAUGUUACACAACCGCAUGGCACCAUUGUAAGUCCAAACUAUCCAUCAGGUAUGUUACCCUCGACUACACCAGGUCACCGUAUCAAGCUCAUAUUCAACGUGUUUGAACUAGAACCACAUCAGGAAUGCGCUUACGACCAUGUCACAAUUUAUGAUGGAGCAUCAGCAGACGAGAAGACGUUGGGCAGAUUCUGCGGCAGCAAACUACCACAUCCCGUAGUGGCGUCUCAGAAUCAGAUGUACGUCGUAUUCAAAUCUGAUGCCUCAGUGCAAAGGAAAGGAUUCCUGGCUACACACUCCACUGCUUGUGGCGGGUACCUCGCAGCGUCAGAAUCUGUCAAGCACUUAUACUCGCACGCGCGGUACGGAGACGACUCUUACGAAUCCAGAGCAGACUGUGAUUGGAGCAUUGUGGCUCCAAUGGGCCAGUUUGUGAAGCUUACCUUCCUGACAUUCGAGUUAGAGCCUGAGUCUAACUGUGGGUACGACUACGUGCAGAUAUUUGGCGGUUUGGAUGGAAGUGGGGGAGACUAUGGCGCUUUUUGUGGAACCAAGUUGCCUACAGAAAUUAUAUCAACAACUGAAGCACUUCUCGUUAGAUUCCGCACCGAUGAUUCAAUAGUUUUCAAAGGCUUCUCUGCGUCAUACCAAGCAGUGAAACCUGAAAUAUCCAGCGAAGAAGACAACUCCGAAGGUGGAGAAGAUCUCGACGAGGAAGAAGAAGACGAACGGAUGCCUCCUUUAGUGGUGGGGAGGAGGGGUCUACGCGCCCCCCUACUUCGAUACGUGCGGCGACCGACGUGACGGUGGCCGUUACCCCGACAUCCGAGGCAUAGGCGGCCGCAUCGUAACACGCAUACUCGGUUCCGAUCGGAAAACGGCCCUUUUUAAAUCGGUAUUUACCGGUUUUUUAAUAAUGUUGCCAGGUCAUAAAUGUCAUCUUGACAUUCCUCGGUGAAAAUGUUCAUGUUUACUUUAUUUUUAAAUAGGUCAUUUUUUAUUUAAAAUUAAUAGUCAAGAAUUAAUAACAAUUUUUAGUGUUCACAACGCUUAUUGGUAAAAAUAGGGGAAGUUCAUGUAUAGUUUUGCAAAAGUGACGCUACUAUAUUACAACGUAAACAACAGAAAAUAGUUGUUAUGUUUAACAAAGAGCGACUUUAGAAAUACUCCAUAGUUAUAAAAAAAACUUUUGAAUAUUAAUGAGAAUUUUGGUUUGAAUGGUACAUGGUCCCAAAAGAAAACAAAUGUAAAUAAAACCUUUUAAAAUACCUUGAAAUACAACACUGACCAUUAUUUGUGUAACAGAUGUUUUUAUAAAAAUAUGCUUUUAAUAAUUUCCGAGCUUCUACAAAUUAAGUAGAAAUAAAAUUUGUUUACGUUAUAACACAAAUGUACCUCAAACAUUUAAAUUGGUAGUAAUUUCCUAUUGUUGUAUUCUUUUAUUUGUUUAGUUGGAAUUUUUUAUUUGAAUUUAAAUUUAAAAAAAUGUAAUGUAUGCAUUUACAUAAAUAUUAAACGAGACCGAAUGUGUCCAUUGGAAUCAAUUUAAGAAUUAAUUUUUUUAUGACUGAAAUGACGUGUAAAUAUAUUAUUUUGUAGAUUAAGUUAAGGUCCAAUACUUAAAUCUAAUAGAGAUUGCCGAAAAAUACUCAUUAUAAAUAUUAAAAAAUAAGGUAAGUGUACAUUGUUGACACCUUUAUCUUAGUACAGUGAGCGUAGAUACAUUUAACUUAUAAUAAAAUUCUGUUACCAAAGAAAUAUACUCAUUUUAUAAGUACAGAUUGCAAAUUCAUAUGUAGGUACCUACUGAAAUUGUAUCCUAGACAUGUUAUUAAUAGUGCCAUAUUAUAUCAAGUACCUUUUUACCUACAUAACCUGUUAAACAUAUUUCAUGCUAUUUGUAAUAAUUACUUGUUCUACAAGCCAAUUAAAUAAUACAUUUAGUAUUAAAUGAAACCGCAAUAAUCAAUCGUUUCAACAAGUAAAAACAUGGCUAAUUAAUGCAUUCGUAAAAAAAGGAAUUUUAUUAUUUUGUACUUACUGAUUUUAGUUUAUUGGUUUGCCUAUAUUCUCUUCGUAAUAUUAAAUGCAUUUAUAGCACAAUUAGUGUUAAUAUAAUGAGACAAUAUGUAAAAUUAAGAAAAAAAAUAUGCGAAUGGAUUUUGUCGUUUAAAAUUAGGUGUUCAAAUCCAUAUCAUUAAGAAUCUCUCGAUAGUUCUAAUGUACAUUGUACAGGUACUUAUAAGCAAAUAAAAUUAUGUGAUUUCCUCUUUAUUUUUUUAUUGAAAGUAAGUCUUUAUUGUUUUAGGGAAUAUUGUCAUGAAAUUAAUGAGUAGAUAACUAAUUCAUUUUUUGGAGGAUACAAAAGAGAGUACAGAGUAAUAUUAAACUUUGUCAAAAUAUUUCCAAGUGUAUAUGAAGUCAGAAUUAGGAUGAUAUUUUAUGUCAUGUCAAAUUAUUGGUUAUUAUCUGAGCUCAUUAUUUCCUUAUCUAUGUUACUAAUAUACUGUAAAAAAAAAAUAACUACCGAUCUAGCAAAUAUGAAUAACCUUUUUAUUACUAAAAAUGCUUACAUACCAGUGCUUGGGAAGGAGUUUUGAGACAUACACGGGUAUUAUGUAACAAAAAUAAAUCAGUUAUAAAAGAAUCUUAAUGUGAAUAUACACAUUUUUUAUUGGUUUAUAAUAUAAUGGUAACCCCGCCUGCACUAUCAGUAUACGCUGGCGGGGGUCACCAGUCAGGAGUGAUACGAGUAUUUGCAAGAAUGAAGUUAAAUCAGGUAGCCCAUCAUGACGGAUUCAACAAGAAUUAAUCAUGAUAGUUUCCAAAGAGAACCGCGUGGCAGUCAACCUAACAGGGUAUAUUGCUAGCAAUGGGGCCACUAGUCCUCAUUACUGACAAUCCCUAUCUCCUCGAAUACACACACUUAGGUGCCGUAAUUCUGAAUGAUAAUUGAUCUUUGUUCUAAAGAUGAGGAAAUCAUUAAAAAAAAACUACCAAUAAACAAGAUUAUAAUUUGUCAUCUAUUAGGUGGAAACCUGUUUACAUUAUGAAAUAUAAGAUUAAUUUAUGACAUUUAAUGACCUCUGACUACCACUGUUUAUUUGUAAUAUAACUAAUUAUGAAUAGCUUUGUGCCAAAAAUGGAUAGGUACUUAGUAAUUGUUAUUGAAAAUAAGUUAGUUUUGUAAUAUAUCUAAGACAUGAAAUAUUUAUACGUAGGAUCGUUAUUUUUAUUAAAAUGAUAUAAAUCCAUUGU